CACAGCAUAAACUGCAGCUCCUCAUCUUCUACUGAGUUUAUCUUGCAAAUCAAGAACAAUGAAACACAGUUCAGUUCUGCUUUUGUACCUCCUCCUGGGGACGAGCUCAGCUUACACCUAUCAAAAUGUGGCCUUGCGUGGAAAAGCGUCUCAGUCAAGUGUACAAGAAUUUCGAUCUGCCUACAACGCUAUUGAUGGAAACCGCGAUUAUAACUACGCGGCCGGAUCGUGCACCCUCACUGAUGAACAGACCAACCCCUGGUGGAGAGUGGACCUGCUGGAGCCCUACAUCGUCACCUCCAUCAUCAUCACCAACAGAGGAGACUGCUGUGCAGAAAGGAUCGAUGGGGCAGAGAUUCACAUCGGAAACUCUUUACAAGAUGGUGGUGUCACAAAUCCAGUGGUUGGUGUAAUUUCUCGUAUCCCAGCAGGCAGGUCUUUAAAAAUGACUCUUACUGGACUUGCAGAGGGACGUUAUGUGACUGUGGCUCUACUUGGUUCAAAAAAAGUCCUUACACUCUGUGAAGUGGAAGUCUACGGGUACCGUGCCCCAACUGGAGAGAACCUGGCACUCCAAGGAAAAGCUUCACAGUCGUCACUGUAUUCUUAUUUAGGCGAUGCAAGUCAUGCCAUAGACGGGAAUCGUGCCAGUGCCUGGACCCAGGCUUCUUGUUCUCACACAGGCCCUGACUUCAACGCCUGGUGGAGGUUGGAUCUGGGCAAAACCCACAAAGUGUUUUCUGUCACAAUAACCAACAUCAAAGAGGCUUCCUCACGACUCAAUGGAGCUGAGAUCCGGAUUGGAGAUUCUCUUGAAAACAAUGGCAACAGCAAUCCGAGGUGUGCUGUGAUCUCAAGCAUCCCUGGAGGUUUCACCCAAAACUUCCAGUGUAACGGGAUGGAUGGUCGAUACGUUAACAUAGUCAUUCCUGGAAGAACCGAGUACCUACACGUGUGUGAGGUGGAGGUUUAUGGCUCCAGACUGGAUUAGGUCUGAAGAGGUUCAAACUUUGUGACAAAGACAAUUUACACUGUCGAUAUGUAGCUGAUGCGCUUUUUCCUACCUUCCCUCAAUGAUGUAAACAGAAUGGGCAAAAUGAUAGAAAUAGAUUUUAUUAUUUACACCACAUAAACUGACAUAAUGAUAUAAACAUAUAUGAUGUAUAAAAUUUGUACUUUUGUAUUUGUUUGUGUCAUAUCUUAUUAUGUAAAGCUGUAGUAAAGUAGAAGAUUUUCUAUUCUUAUAUUUGACUUUUCUUUGUACUGUCACUGCCAACGGUUAAAUAUGAUAUCACCUUUGCUGAAAUAAACUGAAACUAUAAAUAUAA